AUGGAGGGCGUUUUCUCGUAUGCGUGUACCUAUGCAAAGGGCAGACGCUCUGGGUUCACUGGGAGUUCACUGGGUUCACCAGGCUCACUGGGCUCACUGGGCUCACGACGGUCGACAGCGAUUCAAGUGUCUCAAAAGUCACGAAAGGAAAGGUACGUGUUUUGUUUUUUUCGGCAAGCAAGUCUUCUCAUUGUCACUCUCUCAUCUCUCUGCUUGCUCGCUUGCUUGCUUGCUCCCUUCAUUGACAAAGGAGGUUUCUCAUCACCAUUGUCGUCGUCGUCGUCGUUGUCAUCGUCGUCACCGCCACCGCCACCGCCAUCACUGGCACAACCACCACCACCACCAGUAAAUGCUCCAGAGGAGCUUCAGAAGCCGCCAGCCAACCGCCACGGCCCACAGGACCCACAGGAGCGCCCACACGGCCAGGAUGAACGAGUAGACCGAAAACAAAAUCCCCCAGAGAUAGCCGCUGAUUCUGAGGCGCGGAUAGCGCCGGUCGAGCCACCAGAUGCCGAUGACCACGGCCCAGACAGCAGGGAAAAAGCCGACGAUGCACAGCAACACCAAGGACACCGGCCACAAGAGCCAAAAGAGGGCGAGGAAACCGAGGGCAACAAUGAUCAAAAAGAUUUCAAGAAUCAUUGUUGUUGA